UCUUUCCCCAUUUUCUUUUUCAGAUCACUUCAUCCACAGCGCGUGAUCUACCCUCUGGACGAGUGGGAAAUUCUUCCUGAGCAAAUAGAAUACGAGGGGGAGCUGGGCCGAGGUGCGUUUGGUGUAGUUUACAAAGCAACUCUGAGGAAAAGAGUUGGGAUAGAGGUGUUUGACAAAGAGAUUUCAAAGCGGCAAUUGUUAUCGAACAACAAGGCUCCUCAAGUGGUUGCUGUAAAGGUUUUACACGGUAAUAUUAAAAACGAAAACUAAUGGGAAAACUAAAAGUGCUUUGAAUAUUUUAACACAUGUUUUCAUAGCUGCGUGAGAGAAAAACAGCUGACAUGCAUGAACGAAGACUAAAGCAAGGCUGGUUCGGCUGCUUUGUGUGAAAAGAGAAGCUGCUCUUAGAGAUGUUCCUCGUUGAAAAAGAGAUGAUCCUCCGAUCUAUGGUCUCGUCUAAAGUUUUAUAAAGUAAGCAGAUCUCACGCUUAUUUCACUAUCUCGAUCUUGCAGAUGUUUCAAAACAACAGCAGCAUUUAAGUUUAUUUGACAUUUGAUCUUCUAUCGUUUUUUGUCUUUUAUUCUGACUUAAAAAACUACUCCGGCUUUUGGUAGAGUUGACUGAUGUGAGGGCAGAAUUGCUUAUAAAAUUCUAACCACGAUUACAAUUUAAAUGUAAUUACGCUUAUCAGUGUGCUAGAUCUCAGUGCUAGAUUUUGUAAGUUUUGUUUUAUUAGUUGGGUUCACACUGGACUUUUCAAGUGCUCUUGAAGAGCAUUUGAAGUGCACUUGAGACUAACUUGUGUGUGAACGGUUCCUUUUUCACUUGACUGAUCUUGACUAGUCGUCCUUAGUUGCCACAGAAACUUCAAAGCCUCAAAGUUCCCAAGUGCACUCUCAAGUAAGGUCAAAACCCGUCCUUGAGACUGCAUUUAUCCAAUCAAAGCGUCGGAAAUUUAUUAUCAAAGUGUCAAUCGUCUCGAGCCACAAAUUUCACUCUCGCAAGCGAGCAAGCGAGAAUUGAUUGACGAAUGAGGAUACUGAUCACCACGAAUCGUAGGUAGGUUUUUCUCAGUUUAGCUUCAUGAGCUAGUUCAGAAAUUUCACGAUUUCAUUUUUUCACUGUAUUUGACGGCGGAAACAACGUUAAUGGAAGACUUGGCUGUGGAAACGAAAUGACCUAUGUUCCACAACAGAGCGAUUUUCCUGUUUUGCGGUUUUUUGAAUGCAGUUUAUUCUUUUUUCAACUCGUUCAGGCCACUUUUUCGUGUCCACCUGCAGCAAGAGCAGUGAUCCUUUACAAGAUGGGUAAACCUCACGUCAGUAGUGGAGGAGGGACCGGUUAGGCCUUUUCCAUGCGCAUUAACUUACGCAGGAGUACAUUAACGCCGAUGACGUCAUGCAUCUCAUUAAGAUAGGAUAAUGUCAUAGUAUAUUUUCAGUUGGCAAGGAGCAAGUGAUGUCAGAAUACCCUAGCGGUUGACUUCAUCAAAAAAUGUUGAGAUCAUAAUCUAUAGAUAGAAAAGUGAUAUCAUGUCCCUACUUGGUCAUGAUGAUGUCAUAAUUUAUUCAGGUAUGAUGACGCCAUAGUUAAUUUUCAGUUGCAAUGAUCAUGUUCUUAUUUGGUCAUGAUGUCAUUGCUUAUAUUACUUUAAGUAGGAUUUUAUAUACGAAUUAGUAAUCUGAAAAAGGAUAUUGAGCACUUUUUUAAAGUAAUAGAGCUUGAUCACUAUCGUAUGAUGGCGAGGACAUUUUGAGCCAGUGUGUGAUUGUCUUUAUCUUAGUACUAUCCCGUAGUGAUCAAUUAAACACACUUAAAUUCUGGUUGGUUACAGCUUUUCAUUGAAACGCAACCACAAGGUCCGGAAAAAAAUUAUAUAACAUUCCAGUAGGUCUAGUCUUCAUCUUUUGGAAUGGGCUGCUUUUCAUAGCGUCGAUUAAUUAAGUAAGAAUUUUCGCUUAUCGAUCGCUAGUUCUGUCCAUUCCAACCAAUCGAAUCCUUCUGUAUCUUUAAGCUCUUUUUGGGUCUCAAUCAGUUUUUUGAAGGUGGUUUUUUUUUUCAUUGCACGCAUCCACUGUAGAUUCUCUAACAGUACUUUUCUUAACUCUUUUCUGUAAACAGGAACCAUAGCGUUCUCGGCAUUAAUACGAGCCACGUUUUCUGAAUCUCCGUUCCCUUCGUACUCAUUGAUCAAUGCGUUGAGCUGGGUCUCAUGACGUUUCUCGGCUUCAUCAAAAAUGCGUGACCCAGGCUCUAAGUUUUCUGUUUCUUCUUGGGAAGACUCCGUUCCUUGGCUGGCUUGAGAGACUUCGCUUUCUCGGGAGAAAUCGGUUUCUUCACUUUCUACUUUCAAAUUUCCAGCACCUUGUUGAAGAAGGCUGUAAUGAUGGCCAUUGUUCCACAUUUAUUUUGGUUUGAACCGUACGCGUUCUGAUAGGAAACUAAACUUCAGAAAGGAACUCUCUCUUUUAUAAAAUAUUGGUGAAGGCGGGGUUACUGAGCGUUCUCCCUCGCAAAUAAUAAUCGAUUUUACAUCGACCUCACAUCGACCCUACAUCGACUCUACAUCGACCCUACAUCGCCUCACAUCGACCCUACAUCGACCCUUCGUCGAGCUCACAUCGACCUCACAUCGACCGUACAUCGACCCGACCCUACAUCAUGGACCCUACAUCGACCAUACAUCGACCUAGUAUUACAUCACGAUUGACAAGAAUUGGAUUAGAACUAGUGAUGAUAUCAAAUUAAAUUAGCGAAGCUAUAUAAACAGGAAAAUAACUUAUUUCCCUCAGUGUGUUUAAGGUUGUCGUGUGGUAAAGAUGCCGUAUAUACUCAAGAGAGAUGCCCGGUAUGAGGCAAGCCAGAGUGAUCACCUGCGUCAAGUGCAUCGAUUAAAGAGCCACGAAAGAAAGGAAUGGCUAAAAGCAGCGGUAUUUUCGGGGUCUAAGAAAAGUCUGGGUAUAACACAAGGAGUGUCCUGGCUGUAACCGCUUCCGAUAUUUCUCAAUUUUGAUUGACGUUACAGUACCGCGUGAUUAGGGUUUAAUAAUUAGUUUUAAGAUAGCUCGCCUUUCAGUUCGGACAAGACCCCUGGAGAUCAAGAAUAACAAGACAAGUUAGAUCGAAAUUCACGAAAUCGGGACCCGCGAACGUUGGUAAGAACAACCACUUAAGCCUCUUAACUUACAUUAGCAAUUGUUUGUAUAUGCUACAUUUUAUAUACGUUUCUUUGAUUACGAUUAUAUUUCGAACACUAGCACGAACACAUGGCAUAAUUCUUGUCAUUACUUUUAGCUUUAAUGCAUCAAUAUUUAGGCCAUUUCUCUUACGUAAUUAUUUCAGUUGACCGCUUGAUUCGUAUGAAACGCUCUGAGGCCACAAGUCCUAUAUUGGCUUGGUGUUCAAUUGAGUAUCGAUCGCGUACCCGGGUAAACUCGAGUAUUUCAGUUCUAGCUUGAGAGGAAACAUUAUACCGGUUUUUUCCCCAAGUAUUACACAAGGAAAAGGAAACAAGUAGAGAACGAAAAAAGAACUAUUGCAGGUGUCAAAGAAACGGAAAAACCUCAGCAUUGUAUAUUCCAGAGGCCCAAAUUGUCUAACGAUGUUUCCCUGGAAACCAAAGGAUAUCCAGAAUUUUAUAUGUUUCGACAUAAAUUUUCACUUCUCGUGGUGGGCCUCACUCAGUGUGGUAAAACAUUUUUCUUUGAAAAAAAUUCUUACAACGGAUCGUAUUCUUUACGAGAGCAAGAAAUCGAGGCGAAUAUGGUGGGUACUACAGUCAGUGGUAGGAUAGAUACAAAGUGAUGCAGUCAUCUAUCGGAAAGGAAUGGAAAAUCGAAAUGGAUUUAUCUGCACAAGGACGAUCCCAGCGUAAGAUCGUUCCUAGAAAAGAACCAAACGAAUGCUCGAUAGACCUAUAACGAAAUCUUUGUAAUUACCUUUCAAUAAAGUUUUUAACUCUCGGACGUACAGGCAAAUUCAUACCCUUACCGUGGUACAAGGUGGGGGGUGGAUGGAAUUCCUCCCCGGAGUUUUUGAUAGAAGAAGAAGAACCUUUAUUAAUUUAUACCGCUUAGGGUAGCCCCUUCAGACGCAAAAAGCUGUCUGUUAUCAAUGGGAGCCCUGAGCAACAGUAAAUGGUGCAGUAUUUUGAAACGAUUUUACCUUUAGUGGAAAGCCUUUGAUCUUCUUAACAAGAUGAGGUAUAAUUUAUGGAUGGUGGCGCUGCUGGAGGCCUGUGACGUCACCAACAGUGUUCGUCAUCUUGGCCGCCAUCUUGGAUUUUAUCAACAAUUAGAGAUCAGGUUAAAACCACGAGAAAUGUUAAUUUUUUGUGCUUUACAUGAAAAAUAACCCAUAAAUAAGCACUUAAUUGUAUAAUUUUAGCGACAAAAUUUACUUUUAUUGUUGAAAGAAGUCGAAACAACAUAUUUUCACCCAAAAUUGGCUUGACCACCUGCUACUUAUGACGUCUAUGUAGUAACCAUAGCAACUAACCAUCACUAAACUCGCCUCAAAAUUUGCGCGAGGGAUGAACGAACAGCUACUGAAAACGUCAGGUGCUGAUGUUUUAUCCUCCAGGAAAAAACUCAGAAAAACCUUAUGGGUGGGUAGCAAACACCCCUUCCCCCCCCCCCCCCCUUGUACGUCCGAGGGUUAAAACGGUACCUUUCUAAACGGUAUUGGUUUUAUUAAUUACAUAAGCAUUUAUUACUUUCUCAAACUGAUCAUUUCUUAGAAAGUAAGCCAUCUAUUGUCUUAUUGAAUAGUAGACGUUUAAAGGUUGUCCCAUAAGCUUUCUCCGCUUGUAGAGUUCAUAUGCAAAUAUAGAUCAAGAUCAGUGGCCAUGCAAGCAUUUGCGCAUAAUAAGUGUUUAAUGAGCUGUUUACCGAUCAACUGGCCAAAAGGUGAGAAGUGAGGUUUUCUGAAUUCGAAGCUGUUAUCAGGACACAAGAGCAACUGUGUUUGUUUUCUAAGGAAUGCGACUGAAAACUGUGGCAGAAAAUGAUCACUAAGGCUAUCAUUUGUGAUAUUUUGAUGCUGGGGCUUGUUGCAGUUACUUCGAGAUAAAUGGAUAACUUAAGGACUGUCAAUUAUAAAGCAAUCUACCUUUUAACAAAUUUUUAUCGCCCUUCAGUUGAAAAACUAAUUAUCAGAAAGUUAUAAUUUAGGGAAAAUUUUGCUCCGCAGGAAAAAAAUUACAGUCAUCUCCAUUCCUCCGCUGUCAAAUGAUCAUAACUGAAUUCUUUCAGUGUAGAAAUUGUUGAUCCGGGUGGAUCACAAUUUUUUUUUUCUUGGGUGCCGUUAUUUUAAAAUUAUUAUCAUACGAUAGUUAUCAAAAACCUGUUUAAAGAACAUAUUAAUCAUUACAACUAAAAGUUAACUAUGGCAUCAUCAUACCUGAAUAAAUUAUGACAUCAUCAUGACCAAGUAGGGACAUGAUAUCACUUUUCUAUUUAUAUAUUAUGAUCUCAACAUUUUUGAUGACGUCAUCCCCUAAAGUAUUCUGAUAUCACUUGCUCCUUGCCAACUGAAAAUAAACUAUGGCAUCAUCCUAUCUUAAUUAGAUGCAUGACGUCAUCGGCGUUAAUGUAAUCCUGCCCAAGUUAAUGAGAUUCCUGCGCAUGGAGAAGACCUAACUGGUCCCUCUCCCACUACUCACGUCUCACCAAAGAAACGUAAAGCCACUACAUUGUACUCAAAGAAAUUCAAGCGAGCCAGAAAAGUGCAUACGAAACGGAAGCAACAGAACAGCUCUAGCGUGAAAGUGGGACCAAAGUAAAAAUAAUUAAAGCGCUCAUCGACUGAAAAGAGAGAAGGGAUAUGGAGUGACAUUUACGACAAGUAUAAAGAGUGGUUUGUUGAAAGUGUUAGAAAGUCUGCCGUUUGAAAGAAUACAUAAUCUGGAAUACGAUUAUAAAUACUUGAAGCAACGAGCUUAAAAUACUGGCAAAGAGAGCUUUUAGAACAUCAAAGAAGGUUUCCUCUACUUCGAUUACUUCGAUGCAACCAUCCUACUGCCGCAUUGUUAUCCUUUUAUUCUGACACUGUUCAAGAAGACUGUUGUCAAUAAAUUAAACGGAAAAUCGCGCUUUGCAAUAGUUCUACGGCUCCUGUCUUCGCAGACGUUUUGAAUAAACACGUGUACGGCAGCGUAAUAAACUGUGAGAUACGGAUUAAUUCCCGCCAAAACUCCUCACUUUAACUUUAGUGUGAACGCCAUUUUUACUUAAAAGCUGAGUACACUUCAAGUGUUUUUCAAGUACACUUGAACUCAAGUGCACUUCAAGUGAACUUUAGGGUCUAGUGUGAAUCCACCUAUUUUCAUUCAUGGGUAGAUAUUUUCGCAUGGUAAAUCAGGAUCCAUACAUAGCUUAAGUUUGUUUGUUUGUUUGUUUGCUUUCCAUCGCUCGCUCGAAAUGCUUAAAAAUAAAACUUGUCACAAUGUUUUACCUUGUUUAUUUACGAGUAGAUCUUCUCGAAUGGGAACUGGAAUAUGACGUCCUUUAUGUUCGGAACUUUCUUAUAUCAGAUAAUAUCCCACAAGCAGUAAUUGAACUUUGCCGUUUUCGCGCUGCUUUUAAAACUACUUAUAACUCGCGACGUCUUCCAGACCGAAUCAUGUUAUCUCAGUCCCUAGUCUCUUUCGCGGUAUUGGCGUCCCCGUUGCCGUUGUGGAUCCUUAAAGUCCCUAAAAACGGAGAAAUACCACAAACAAACUUAAAUAGUCGACACAUACCCUAGAAUGGAAAGGGCUCAUGUUUAUCACAAGAUGAACACAAUUCUAAGUUACCUGACACUGUACGUGUACGUAAUAUGUUUAACAUAUGUUGCAACAAAUACAUUGUGAUUUUAACAAUAAAGAAUAACCGAAUGCAUUUUAAUGUGUUUAGACAAUCCUAGUGCAGCACAGAAAGCAGAAUUCCAGUUUGAGAUCGAGCAAAUGAAGCUGUUGGGAUCACAUCCGAACGUUGUUUCCAUGGUUGGAUGCUGCACGUUUCAGGAUGAAAAGUUCCUGGUAAUAGAGUAUGUUCCGUUUGGAGACCUGCUGACGUGGCUUCGUUGUAGAAGGAGAAGGGUGAGAAAAUGA